CGAGAAGAAAAUAAUUAUCAUAGUUAAUUAAAUUCUCGUCCAUUAAACACCAACCAUUACAAUUGGAAUUAAAAUGAUUCGAUUUGUUUGUUUCAUCGCUCUUUUCGCUUUGGCCACUGCCGCGAAUCUUUCCUUCAACAACGAAUGGGAAUCAUUCAAGGCCAAGCACAACAAAGUCUACGCUUCAUCAACCGAAGAGUCAACUCGAAAAUCAAUUUUCAGUACCAAUCUGAAAAAAAUCAAUGCCCACAACCGAGAAGCCGACAAUGGAGUUCACACUUACCGAUUGGGAGUCAACAAGUUUGCUGAUUUGACCGCAGAGGAAUUCAAAGCUACUCGACUUGGUUACAAAUCGAUCCACAGAAAGCCCGCUCCUCUUAUUCACAACGUCAACUUUACCCAAUCUGUUCCUGAAUCCGUUGAUUGGCGAUCAUCAAUCGUCACAGAGGUCAAAGAUCAAGGUCAAUGUGGUUCAUGCUGGGCAUUCUCUGCCAUUGCUUCUAUCGAAGCAGCUAACGCACAAAAAACCGGUAAAUUGGUCUCACUUUCUGAGCAAAAUUUGGUUGAUUGUUCAUGGAAACAAGGAAACCAAGGUUGCAAUGGUGGUUUAAUGGACUACGCUUUCGAUUAUGUCAAAUCCAACAAAGGCAUUGACACUGAAGCCAGUUAUCCAUACACUUCAGGAAGUGGUCGAGACAGCAAGAACUGCAAAUUCUCAAAAUCAUCUGUUGGUGCUACUGUUUCAUCUUAUGUUGAUAUUCCUGAAGGAGAUGAAAAAUCCCUUCUCCAAGCUGUCGCUAAAGGAGUCGUUUCCGUCGCUGUAGAUGCUACACCUUUCCAACUCUAUGAUUCUGGAAUCCUUAACUCACGAUCAUGUGAUCCUGAGAAUCUUGACCAUGGUGUCACUGCUGUUGGAUACGGAGUCGAUAAUGGAACACCUUACUGGAUCGUCAAGAAUUCAUGGGGCGCAGACUGGGGUGAAGAAGGUUACAUUCGAGUUAUUCGAGAUAAAAACAUGUGUGGUAUCGCUGAAUCCGCUUCAUACCCUGUAGUUUAAUAAACUCGAUCAAACUUGUUAAAUUUUUAAUUUUUGAACAGUUAAGUUGACCUUGGUCAAAUCAACCUGUUGCUAUGAGUUAAUUGACAAUUGAUAACAAAGGUGAUUAUUAAACUUCAUUUUUAAGAGUAAAAAGUUUUUUCCUUUUUAUUCCUAAGUAUUCAA